AUGUCCAAGCCAGCCUUUGUCUUUGCCCCCGGCGCCUGGCACCCAGCCAACUCUUUCGACAAUGUGACAUCGAUUCUCACAGAACAAGGCUACGAAUGCCGCUCCAUCGCCUUCCCCUCCGUCACCCGCGCAACCGAAAUCAAAGAUGCGUUGUUGACCGAAGAUAUCGCUACCAUCCGAAGUGUGAUCGAGCCGCUCGUCGAUGCAGGAGCUGACGAGGGCCGAGAGACAAGGGAAGGCUUAGAUGGGGGAGUUGGCUAUUUAUUCUUCAUCAAUUCGUUUUUCGGCAAUCUAGGAGAGAAUUUGUUGGAGUUUUUCGCUGAGAUGAAUAUCAAUUGGUGGGUUGUGAAUGAGGAAACAAAAACCCUAUUCCCCGAUGACCCAAUCUAUCGCUUCUACUUCGACCUCCCCGCGGCCGAAGCCCUGAAAUGGGCUGCUGCCCUGCGGCCGCAUGCGUUGCUCAGCAUGGGGGUACCAGCUACGGGCGCCGCGUGGCUCGAAGUCCCGUCGACUUACUUGAUUUGUACGAAGGAUAAUGCAAUUACUCCAGAGUUCCAGCGGAAGAUGGUAGAGCGUGCGCAAGCGGAGGGCGCGAAUAUGAGGACGGUGGAGAUGAAGACAGGGCAUAGUCCUUGGUUGGUUGAUGCAGGGGUGUUUGUUGGGCAUUUGUUGGAUGCGGUUAGCACGGGUAUGUGA